UAAAGAGUUGACAACAACAGGGGUCUCAAGACAAAGACAACCCCAGACUGAAUAAAGAACUGCACGCGAAGAUAUACUGAAAACUUCUACACUGAAAAGCUACGGCUUUGUUUUAAUCUCUGACAACAUACAACGUUUUAGUUUUGAGCUCGGAUAUUUAGAUCUUCCAAGAUGAAGUUUGUAAGGUAUAUAAUGAGGAAUGCUGCUAUGCUAAAUGCACCAAAGCAUAUUGAUUACUACGCGAAAUUUUCUCCAUCGCCGUUGUCAAUGAAGCAGUUUCUGGAUUUCGGAUCCACAAAUGCGUGCGAGAAAACAUCCUUCGCUUUCCUCAGACAAGAGCUCCCCGUCAGACUAAGCAGCAGUCUGAAGGAGAUCAACCUUUUACCAGACCAACUGAUAAUGACUCAGUCCGUUCAGCUAGUUCACAGCUGGUUUGUCCAAAGCCUGUUGGAUAUCCUAGAAUUCCAAGACAUGAGUCCCGAUGACCCUAAAGUUCUUGCUGAAUUUGUAGACACUCUGGUGAGCAUCAGGAACAGGCACAAUGAUGUGGUACCCACCAUGGCCCAAGGUGUCGUCGAGUAUAGGGAUGCGUUUGGGGCAGAUCCUGUGACAUGUCAGAACAUUCAGUACUUUCUGGACCGCUUUUACAUGAACCGCAUCUCCAUUCGCAUGCUCAUCAACCAGCACACUCUGAUCUUUGAUGGCUCCACACAUCCAGGACAUCCCAGCAGCAUCGGGUGCAUUGACUCCUGCUGUGACGUCACAAAUGUAAUCAGAGAUGCAUAUGAGUGUGCUAAAAUGCUCUGUGAGCAGUAUUACCUCGGAUCCCCCGAGCUGGAGCUUAGAGAGAUAAACGCAAAGAACAAGUCACAGCCAAUCGAGAUAUCCUAUGUUCCUUCUCAUCUCUACCACAUGGUUUUUGAGCUCUUCAAGAACGCAAUGAGGGCUACUAUUGAGAAUCAUGAAACAAGCAGCACCUUGCCACCGAUCAAAGUCAUGGUUGCUCUAGGUGGAGAGGACCUGUCAGUCAAGAUCUGUGACAGGGGCGGUGGCGUUCCUUUCAGGAAGAUUGAUAGACUUUUUAGCUACAUGUAUUCAACAGCGCCCAGACCUACUAUUGGUGACCAUCAGCGUACCCCAAUGGCUGGCUUUGGUUACGGCCUUCCCAUCUCCCGCCUGUAUGCACGAUACUUCCAAGGUGAUCUCCAGCUUUAUCCAAUGGAGGGCUAUGGUACAGAUGCUGUAAUUCAGCUGAAGGCCCUGUCUACAGAUUCAGUAGAGAAGCUUCCCGUGUUCAAUCAAACCGCCUUGCGCCAUUACAAAUUCAACCAGGAAGCUGAUGACUGGUGCGUCCCGAGCAAAGAGCCGCUGAACUUAGCUGCGUACAAGGCUGCAAAGUGAAACACCGGAAGCUGGUUGCCUUAAAGUCAUGACAAAGGCCUUCAAGAGAUUGCCAAGAUAGGCUGCCAUUGUGAAUGUUCGCAUUUGGGGACCAGUGACAGCAUUUCCCAAUGCUCUUUGAGUACUGUUGUCUGGGAACACUUAAACUGCAUGUAACCAGAAUUUAAGAUA